GCUGCAGCCUGUAGCACGAUGACGUAGCUGGAUCAGAUCCAAUACGUACUGGACGUUGUUACGAGCAUGCGCGGUGGUGUGUUUUGGUGACGUCAUAGACGCAUGCGCAGUAGUAGAGAGUUGGUAAACGAUCGCACGUGCUUUGGUCUUCCUAGAAGAGUCUACAGAAAACGGUGGAUUAAUUAACAGUGAUUGUUUAUCGAUGAAUGUCUUUAAAAAGGGCAGUUGUCCAGUAAUUUCAAGGUGCACAAGGUGCUGUAACCAGUACCACUGCCCUUUUUGUGAGACGUACAAAACCACAUCACAACUAUCCAUUGAUAACCAUGUAGAGAAUCAUCUAAAAUUGGCAGUAAAUCAUGAUGAUUUUGUGAUUGUUAAGUGCAAUUCACACUGUAGAGAAAAUGCACAUUUUCAUUGCUGUUACUGUCCUGCUACAGUAAUAAGAAAAGUGCAGUUAAUUACUCAUCUUAAAAAAUGUAAACAAAAGUUGACUAUUCCUGGGCAGGAAGCUCAAUCUCCAUUCCUGCAUAGCCCAGCAGCCACUGCUCCACUUUCUACUAUUUCAGCACAGACUUCUCAUGUCAUUACACAGGCGCCUCCCCUGUCUUGCCCCAUGGCUAUCCAAACAUCUUCAUCUCCAGUUACAUCAGUGUUUCAGUCUCCAGCAAUGACACAGUUUUGGACAAGUCCCUUAUGUCAACCUUUGCAACCUGUGACAACGUGCCCUCUUUCUGAAGCUCCAUUCCCUCUUUCUGCAUCCACUCAAGUACUUCCGUCUCCGACUAUUUCCUCUGUCCUUGUUCCACCAGAGCAACCAACAGCAAAGCGUUCUCAACCAAAGAAGAACAGAAUCAGAUGUGAUCAUUGUGAUAUGGAAUUGAAUAAAAAGAACUUGCGAGUUCACAUUAGAAGAAAGCACACCACAGUUAAAGAGGCCAUCACAUUACAACGACAUUUAUUUUGUCAGGUCAUUGACAGUAAGCAUGGAAUUUUUGCAGUAGCAAAAUCUUUCAGUGCACCGUCAAUACCCAUCCAUGUUCAAAAAAAGAUCUGGGGUGUGAAUGACAAAGUUAUGUGUGAACUAGACCAAUGUAAUGCUAAUGCGGAUUUUGCACAAAGGAGUGGCCUGAAACCAUUUGAGUGCUGCCAUCUCAUGUCCUUAGCUUUCUGUCCCAAAGAUGAUGGCAAUGCUGUUAAUCUCAAAGAGGAAACCCUAAAUGAGAUGGUGAAAGAAAAAUGGUUUGGAGAAAGUAGGAGAGAUGCAUGCAUCGAAAGGCAGUGUUUGGCAAACAAAGAUGAUGUGCCACUUUCUGUAGCGAUCACAUUUGCUGGGCCCUCAACAAAAAAAUACAUAUCAGUGUAUGAGCCAAAAAUGUCUUAUUACUGCAGACUUGGAAGAGUGACUGUUGUAUAUGACAGUAAGAAGAUCACAUGGGCCUGUCCAUGUAAUAAAACAAAACAGUCAUGUAUUCACAAAGCAAUAGCUAAAUGGCAUUUGUUUCAAAGUCAGAGAGCUCUCUUCCAGAAGGUGAAGACCACCGAAAGGAUUGAUUCCAUGCAGAUACCUCAGCAGCAGUCUGAGAAUGUGGGUGACUGUAGUGAUCAUCAGUACCCACCUAAUGAUGAUGGAAUAGAGAGGAUAGUGCGCUAUUUGAUGAAAAAUAAAUCUCUGCCUGUGGACCUUCCUCAAAAUUUGGUUAGUGGUCUACAACAUGGAAGUGAAUUUAGACACCAACUAAUUCCUGAAGAAACAUUCUGCUCCGAAUGUGAGGGUAAUCAUGUUCUAAGCGAGCCAAUUAUUAUAACCUCACGAGCAAAGAUUCUGACCUUUACUGGGGUAGUUGAAGGAAUUUCAACUUACUACAAAGUAUGUAGCAACUGCAGCAUGAUGUACAGGUACCAGGAAUUCACUGAUGGUAUCCAUAACUUCAAUGACCACCUUCUGCUUUCUCUUCACUUGUGUGUAAUUCUUCGCAAUGCUCUUCAGAAUCACACUGCUGUCAGCAGAGUAAUGAGCAUACUUGAAGCCACUGCUAAAGCAAAAUUCCCCAGCAAAGACACAGUGCUCCAUGCUUACCUCCACUUUGAAGCCUUGAGCAGCCAUGUUUAUUCUUACACCUGCAUCAAUUGUGGAUAUUACCCCAAAGUGGUGAUUAUGGAUCUCCACAAGAAAGGUGUCUUCAGUAUUCCUUUCAGUGAAAUAGCCACACCACCAUCAGAUUUCAAGGGUGAUACAAACAUCGUCUCUUUUUGGGAAUCCGUAACGAUGGAGAUGAUUGGCCGGGGAUUUCUUUCAAGUGGCAGGAAAAAUCCCUUUGUAGUUUGCCCAAGUUAUGAUUGUUGGGCUCCUUGGAUUGGACCUAACACCCGAAAGUCAGACAUUGUUCUAAACACUGAGCAUGCAAAACUACAAAAAACAAAGUCCUGUGAUGUUCCAGAUCUUGACGUCACAGAGGAAAGGUUAGGUGAUGAGCUCUUUAAUCUUAAGGUUGAUGCAGUGAGGAAGCUGUGCAAAGAAUGUGGAUUGGACACAAAGGGAUCAAGGAUGGAUCUUGUGUUACGUUUGCGAACAGAGAUGCAAAACCGUUCUGCGUACGACAAAAUCUUCCAGCAGAUUUGGGGUGCUUCUGGUGGCUGGGCAGUCAUUACAUGUCCAUGUGGAAUAGUGUAUUCCAUCAAAUUCAACAUAAGAGCAGAGUCUCCCAGAGACUUUGCAGACUUGCUGCUGAGUUGGAAGCACUUUCCUAAUGUGGUAAUAUAUGACUUUGCUAGAGGACUUGCAGCACACGUUAAUCUACGGAAAGCAGAUUCUCUACCUUUCAGUCCCCAUGAAGGGAGACUUGCUGAACCCACUACAGCAAAUAUCCAGCUAGCAAAGGAAGGCAAGCUCAAAGUUAAUCUACCAUGGUUGAAAAAUAAGAAGGAGGAGGAGGAUAUCAACUGCCAUCCUUUGACAGGAUCAUCAGAGCAUUAUGCUCUGUAUGACAGAUUUCAUGAAUUUAACACCAAAGACCCAAGAGAUGCUCUUAGGAGAAUCCAAGUAGUCCCAGAACUCUGUGGAUGGGUAAAUACUCAAACCGCAGAGCAACUUUUUGGUUCAAUGCGCAAGAACAAUUAUUUCUUGAACAUGCUCACGCCAUCUGGACACACAUUUUUGAUGCGCAACAUCAUUCACCACUAUAACACAGCACAGAAUAAGAACAUGGAGGACAGCCUAAGAAAAAUUGUAUCACCAAGUGAUCAGUUAACCUUCAAUGGUUAUGGUCAGAUAGUACUGGGUACACCUCCACAGUCCCUAAAUGAUAGUGAAAGACACACCUGUGAUAUUACACAAAUAGACCAAGUACACUGCCCCAGCCAAGGUUCAGUGAUUGACAUGACAGCCCUACGAAAUGUGCAGCCAAACAGGGCAUGCUGGAUGCAUCCACAAAGCAGUGACCAAAUAAAGAUGAUAGAAAAUGCUUUAAAUGAAAAGGAAUCACGACAACAAUUUUUGGCUCAAGUAGGAGCAACAAUUCUGAACAGAUCAGAUUUUAUUACCUUGGGACAUCCAAAUGAUGUUGAAGGGACUAUUUUGAAUGCCUGCCUUUCAAUGGUCAGAGAUAUUGCUGAUUUAAAGAACAUAAAGGUCCAUUGUUUUAGCUCGUAUGUGACGGUGACAUGGUUGCCACCAUUGUGUGCAGACCCUUCAGCUAACUUACCUGACCAUAUAGCAGAAUGUGACUUCAUCUUACUCCCUUCCUGGGCAUCAAACCAUUGGAUGAUAUGUGUAAGUCUAUUUUGUUUAAAUUAUCAGUUCUCCUUAAUGCAAGUAACACUGAGAUAUUUUGACAUAACUAACAGUUGUAUCUUCCAAGAAUCAUUUAAUAGAACUAGUUUUACAGAUCAUGAAACCAAAAAGCAGAGAGAUGUAUUUGCUUGAUUCACUGCACGGCACUGACUUCAGCGAUUGUCGUUACAUUGAUCCCUACAGGUUUUUUCAGAAAAAAUAUUAAGAGUUCAAAAGAAGUUCAGGAUUAUGGUAGUUCUGUUUUGUGCCAUACAUCCUUUUGCAUGCAUUUUUUUUUUUUUUUUUUUUUUUAUGGCUCAUUUUUCAUUAAUGCUUAAACUAUUUAAAUCUACCUUAUCGCUGGAAUUAUAUUUUAUAGUUCAAAGAAAACAUUGUUUAAACGAUGAUAAAUGAGCCAAUAAUUUGUUUGGGGAUUUGUUCCACCCCAGUUUGUUUAUUAGUAUUUUAUUAUUAUUUUUGUUCAGUUUUUGUUUUAGUUGUUGUUUCAAUGCUUUGUAGAGUACUUGCACAGCAACUACAUCCUGGGCUGUGGAAAGAGUAUGGACGUGAUGAUCUCAACGGUGCUCCAAGGCAGAAUUGGUCAAAUAAUUGUGGAGUGUUUGUGUUGAUGUACACACUCUAUGUUGUAAUGGGAGGCAUCUUUGAUUUUUCUGAGGUGAGCUAUCAAAAUUAAUAAUUUGGCAAAAAGUUUAUUCUCAAAGGGUGAUUGAUUUACAUUAUGCAUAUUUUCCAGUCUGACAUGGCUGCAGUAAGGAGAUGGUGGUGCUUGCUCCUGCUAACAAAUUAUCCUGUGAAAUCAGAUGCUGAAAGAAAGCUACUCAGAAAAAGGCGCAAAGAAAUGAAAACAGGAGAAUUGGAAAAGGAAGCAGAAGCUGAUUACAUAACAGAUGCCACCUGAGAUCCUGAGACACAUCCUCUUGAAUGUGGUCAAAGAAGAUGGAGAUGUGGCCUUCUUCAGACUGUCUCUGACGUGCUGGCUUUUCCAUGAUGUUGUUUGUGACGCAUCAUUCAGAAAAGACGCUCAUUUAGCCUGGCUUGACA